AUGAGAACAUUUUCAGAAGUUAUUAUAGUUGGUGCUGGGCCGUCUGGUCUCAUGCUGGCACUUUUGUUGUCCCAAAAUGGCAUCAAAACCACUGUUCUUGAAAUGGCCAAUGAGCCAGACAACGCACCUCGUGCAUCCCAUUACUCUUGGCCAGCGAUUUACGAGUUGCAAAGAGCCGGUAUAUACGACGAUGUGCUCGAAGCUGGGUUUAGAACGGACCAGAAUCUAUCGUGGAGAAAGCUGGACGGAUCUUUGAUCGCACAAGUUCCAGCCGAGCUCAUCCCCGAGAACCGGCGGAUGAUCGCGCUUCCAUUGAAUCACUUGGUUCGAAUUAUGCAGGCGCAUUUGGAGAAAAGGCAACAUGCCCAGGUGUUCUAUAGCCACGAAGUAUGCGAUAUUGGCCAAAGCAAUGAAAGAGCCUGGGUCGAUGUCACCACCAAGGACGGAACGAAACGUCUAGAGGCCGAUUAUAUUGUCGGCUGUGAUGGAGCAAACAGCAAGAUACGGAAAUCGUUGUUUGGUAGCGAUUUUCCCGGAAAGACAUGGGAUGAACAAAUCGUUGCAACCAAUACUUACUGGGACAUGAGUCUAUCUGAAGGCGGCGAUGCGACAUCCUUCAUCAUUGAUAAACAACACUGGGGUAUGAUUGCUCAAAUUCAAAAGGAUGGCCUUCUGCGAAUCACUUAUGGUGAGGAGCCAGGUCUCUCGCGUGAUGAGAUCCUUGCCCGGCAACCCGCCAAAUUCAAAGCACUUCUGCCGGGGAAUCCCGAUCCCUCUGACUACAAGGUCGUCAGUAUUUCCCCAUACAGAGUUCAUCAAAGACUAGCGAAAAGCUUGAGGGUUGGGAGAUUCCUCUUAGCGGCAGAUGCUGCGCAUUUAUGCAACCCAUUCGGCGGCCUUGGCUUGACCGGUGGCCUUGUCGAUGUUGGAAACUUAGCGGACUGCUUGGUUGGCAUUCAUCAGGGCCUCGCGGAUGAGGCAAUUCUGGACCGGUACAGUGAAGUACGGCGCCAAAAAUACGAAGAUAUUAUCAACGUAGUCUCAAGCAUCAAUCUCCAGCGAAUGUGGCGUGACCCUGAUACGGUUGUCAAUGAUGAUCCAUUCUUUAAGGAACUUGCGAAAGCCAAUACCGACCCAAAGAUUGCAUUCAAACUUGCUGAGGGUAUUAAUGCUAUCAUGCACGACUUCCGCCAAGAAUACAACACAGAAAAGAAAGCACUCUGA